UCCGUUCAGUUUCCAUGCAACCUCGUGAGCUAGUGGACGGAAAUGCGCGGUUCGGUCGAACGCGCUAUACGAAUACUAGAUUGCGCACCCCUGCGUUAUGGACAACGCCUUCGCAUAGUGUUUCAAGCCCUAGAGUCUGACAAUAGUGGGUUCGUAGAAAUCAGUCAACUUUGCGGCAAUUCCUUGCUUUGCAAUCGUAUCGGCGCCUGUUUGAACAGCAUCGGAGCGUACACUUUUUUCAACCAGUUCGAUGCAGAUGUUUCGGGCCGUUUAUACUUUCACGAGUUUGUCAUUUGCUUGGCUAGACAAGCUCAACAUGCCCACGUAAUCGGUGCAUCAGAUCACUUGUUCUUGAACGCAUGGACUUGUGCGUUACGCCCAUCCAACAAAGGAGUUCGCAGAGGCCGUGAUUUGAAGCAUGCUUUGAUUUCUGAUCCACUGUCGCCUCUUUUUGUGUUUAUACCUAGCUUGGGGGCGGUGCUUGCACCUGAAAGGACCUUUGGCUUCUUCUCUGAUUUCCUACGCGAUGCCAAGGCUGCAAUUUGCUUCGAAUUAGCAGCAGCAAUCAAGAUGAGUUGCGAUGCGAAAUUGGUGGAUAUCAUUCCAUCGGUUAAUGAAUAUCGCCAGGAAUCAAAAAAAGGACAACACAAAUCAGGACUUCCACCUUGUCAUUCCGAGUCGUCGCUUCAAGAUGUUCACUCACUUGUGUCAGUGUCUCUCGGCCGCCUUGGCUCCAACCUGUGCCAAUGGGGUCACCUUGCACGCGGAAAUCUAGCUAGCCUCCAUUCGGUGAAAUCCUUGUUUGAGCCCCGCGAAGUCAAAUUUAAAAAUGUGUAUGCGACUGGGUAUUCUGCUGUAAAUUCAUCAAUGUAUUUAGAUAGAUUAGACUUAAGACUCUGCACCGACCUACAUGAUGAGCAUUCAGGAGCUUGCUGUCGGCCAUGGUUGAGAGCACACCUCGGACUAAAGAAAAUCAAGCAAUGUUUCGAAAACGACAGGAGGAACUCCGAAGUUCAGCACCUUGAAUCUGAGGUAAUAAAAGACUCGUACGCCGCAUUGAAGGAUGGCCACGGACUAGCUGUGCAGCGCCUCCGGGCUGAACUUGCGGCGAUAACCUUGCAGAAGACUAGAAUCCUUACUCAGAAGCGUGCUCGUGAUGCGGAAUGUGCCGUGCUUGCGCUCAAAGUUGAUCACCUAAUGGCACUGAAGUCAAUUAGCCCUGAAGAAAUUUUCUGCGAUACAGCACCACAUAGAGGCAGAUCGCAAUUUGAUGUUCUUGUUUGUACAUCAGUCAAGAUCAACCUGCUGAGAGACAGGCUUUCUUCCGCUCUCAGGGAAAUAGCAAGAUUGCGGUCGAUAACAUACAGAAACGAAGCUGAAUUGCAGUCACUACGAGGUGUCCAGGUUGAGUCCGCGCAAAUACUGCAAGCGUCUAGAGGCACAACAGAAGCUCUAAGCGCGGCAAUGAUACGCGAAGUAGUGGCCGCCGCUCGUCUUCAAAAUAUAAAACGCCAGAAUACAAGCCUUCAGCUGGAAGCGACUAAAGCUGAAAUGCUUGAAACGGACCUUCAUCAUGUUCGGAAAGUCUUACAAAAAACGGAGACUGACUGUUGUACAAUAGUGGGUGAUUCGCGUGAGAUGCCUCUUGUGCAAAAAUCACACCCACGCGCGCCCGAUCGUGAUGCUAGUAGCUGCUAUCUCGCACAUAAGGUUGGAUGGUUGAUUAAAAGCCAGCGAAACCUCCAUCGUCGACUCGCAGGCCUUGUUUUCGAUAGGGAGCUCAUACCACUCCUUCAUGCUGAGAUCAGUGCAUUGAAAGGUAGACUCUACGCAAUGAGCCGGAAACUGAUCCUUUAUAGACUUAAAAUUCUUACUGAACAACUUGCGAUGCAAACAAAGCGAGCGCACAUUGCCACCUUUGGGCUUGCCGCCAGCUCUCAUGACAAGCAAGAUGCUCUUGCGAAUUCCCGCAGCUGCAAGCUCUACUGGCCACUCCCCAACAGGACAGAGAACACCAUCGUAAUUGUUAUCCUUGUGGCAGCAGAAGCAAUACUGGCCGCUGUUGACUUCCGGGCACGGUGCCUGUUCCACCCGUGCUCCUCCGUGCCACUUUGCAAAGUAAAGCGCCUCCUAUUUCUCGCGCCAGGGGCCGUGGCGAGAGUCGGUGGUGGGUUCCAUUAG